AUGGAUUCAUUGGACACACAGAUUGAGACAAUACUUAACGGUCAGCCCCUGCCUCAAGACAUAUCAGUUAUUUGCGAUUAUAAUCCAUGGCAUCAGUUCAGUAGAUCCGAAUUGAAGCCAACUCUUCGGAAGAAUGUGUAUUAUAUAGCGGCAGCCAUUGUCUUCAAUGAGAACAUGGAUGUGCUUAUGGUUCGGGAAUCAAAACCCAAAUAUCGUGGGAAGUGGUCACUACCAUCGGGAAGGGCUGAACCAAAUGAACAGAUUAUAGACACCAUUAGGAGGGAAGUGCUCGAAGAGUCGGGUCUGGAGAUCGCACCGACGGCUUUGGUUAUGAUGGAGACCUCUUCUAAAUAUGUUUUUAAUUUCGUAUUCACUGGACGUGUAAUCGGUGGUCAACUUAAGACUGUGGCCGACAGUGACAGUGAGUCCAUUGAGGCCAAGUGGUGCUCACAGACAGACAUCUGUUCAAUGAAUCUGCGAUACGAAGACACUUUGGAUGUGAUAAGUGUUGUCCGUAAUUAUAACAGAUCUGUGGCAGCGAUUCCGUACCAUAUCUCACGAUUCACUGCCAUUGGGGCUCAUAAUAGGAUGUUAUUAAGAGUGGUAUUCACUGUCAAAAGGGAACAAAAUCACUACAUACUCAUCUCAAAGCCACCGUCCCCUCAUCUACCUGAAAUUUUUAUCAAUGAAUACCCGGCUGACUCACUACUGGGUGUGCUAUCGGUGGAGCACAACGGAGUUCCCAAACACUCUCACGACGGCCUCUGUAUCACUGUCUUAGCCAAGAGUCGGGUGCCAUAUGAAGGUGUGGGCAGAAUAUGUGGUGAUUAUGAAUGGAUGCAAAUGAGUCCACCACUAGAAGCGCUGCUCACCCGUUGUCUCGACAAUCCUAUGACAGAGUUAAUUCAAUGGAGAUCUAAGCACUGGAAUACAAGACGUUAAGAGACUGACUAAUAGGACUUCCUAUUCAAAAGACAUGGAUAACUUUUCCACACA